UCAAUUGUAAUUGAAAGUAAGUGGUUUAUUCCAUUAAUCGACUUGACAAACCUCAGUCACCGGUAUACACCCGGACAAGAAAAUGAUGUUAAUGGAUGGAUUAGUUUUACUAAGCACUUUAAUUAUCGGGGUAUUUGCAGAAGUUUCUGAAGGGAACUAUGCAUUAAUGCCAGAGUUGUUUCACUUGGAUGACUUUGAUCGAUGUCUCAUGUUAGGCGAAAAUGCAUUGUAUUGUACAUUUAAAAUGCAACUAGCGCCGCUUGAUGAAGCAGCCGAUUUAAAAGUCUGGGAAACGAUGCAGGAACUGAAUUCAUCGGAAAAGAAUUUUCGACAUGAUUGGUUACGGCAUGGAAUUUGUGUACCAUUCACCUGUCCAAAUGUCGUUCAAAAUAGAUCAACGAACAAAAUUAGGCAAAAUGAAAUUAGUGACUGUUAUUCUACAAAGUUGAAAGGAUAUGGACUGAAAGGGCACGUUACGGAAAUUCAUUGUGAAACUGAAAAAUCAUUAUAUCGUGUCGACUAUCUUGACAUAAUUGUAGCAAUAGUUUUAUUGUCGCUGCUAGUAGUAGUAAUGUACUCAUCAUUGUAUGAGGGAUUCGCACGGUAUAAAUCAAAAGAAGAUUACGAUCGAAUCACUUCAACUAAAUAUGGGAAGAUAAUACAGUGUUUCUCAAUACCGAAGAACUGGGAUAGACUCACCAUGGUACACACGGAUCCGGAUACUAAUCAAUUAAAGUGUAUGACUGGAAUGCGUUUCUUCAGUAUGAUAGCAGUAGUUGUUUGUCAUAGUGUUAUGGUUUCUGCAAGUGGUUUCGUAUCAAAUCCGCAAUACAUUGAAAAAAUGACCUCUGAUCCAAAAUCCAUGUCAUAUAUAAAUUGUCAUCCCAUUACCCAAACUUUUUUCGUAAUGUCCGGAUGGCUAUUAUCUUACCACUUCUUCUUGUCUUUCGAAAAGGCCAACUUUCAGUUUACUCACAUUUUAUAUGCGUUUAUUCAUAGAUACGUAAGAUUGACGAUACCGUUAGCUGUUGUUGUUGCAAUUACCGCCACGUGGCUGCCACAUUUUGCUAGAGGUCCGUUGUGGGACCAAGUUGUUGGAAGGGAGUAUCGCAGUUGUAGAAAGAACUGGUGGGCAAAUCUGCUUUACAUUAACAAUUAUUACGAGGAGAAAAACAUGUGUCUACCGCAUAGCUGGUAUCUAGCAGCCGACAUUCAACUCUUCUUGUACUCCUUACUUCUACUUUCAAUUAUAUGGAAAAACAGAAGGAUUGCUUCCAAAGUGUUUGCCGCUUCGUUAAUAAUGGGAGUGUUGGUGCCAGGCAUACUCGCUUAUAUACAUGAUUUACACAUAGUGGUGCGUGUGUAUCCAGAGUAUCUACAAACUGGCCGAGUAAAUCUUCCCGAGUGGUCAUACUUCAUGGUACCUGGGCAUAAUUCUAUCGGUGGUUAUACAAUAGGCCUAAUUGGCGGUUACCUUUUCUAUCAAAAUCGACACAAGAAACUAUUUACAAAGAUGUAUCAGCAUAUAGUAUGGUUUGUGAUAGCGAUGGCAUUCCCACUCACUGUAAUAUUUUUGGAUCUACGUUUACAUGAUUAUACACCUUCGAGCUUAGAAACUGCUAUAUACGUGGGUCUUGCUAGAAACCUGUAUGCCUUUGGAAUGUGCCUAAUGAUAUUCGGGUUUACGCAAAAUGGAGGAUGGUUGAUAAAAGACAUCGUAAUGAUACCGAGUAUGCAAUUCUUCGGAAAAUUUUCGUACUGCGUGUACUUGGUACAUGUCACAAUAAUACAUAUACGAAGUGGUCGUACCAGAUCGCCGAUCUAUAUAUCGGACCCUGAAACGAUUCAUGGAGCAAUAGGAGAUGUAGUGAUAUCGACGGUAUUUGGUGUAGUGCUAUGUUUAUUCGUGGAAAUGCCAACUUCUGCCUUAGAAAAACUAAUCAUGUCAAAGGAGCGAAAAUCUAAAGUCGGAUAGAAAAUAAUAUUAAUGGAUAUCUAAAGAAUUAUGCAAUUAGUGUCGAAGGAUUCUUGAUCUUGUGUCAUCAUGGUGCUUGUUUUUUUACAACUAUUUUUGAAACUGUUGUAAUUUUGUAUUAUCUUAUUUUACCUAUGUUUUGUCUUAUUUUUUCUAAAAUCUAAUAAACCGUUUGUAAUUUGUA